AAAAGCCAAGAUCCCGCGUUACCACCAUCAAUCCAGAUGUAGCAGCAAAAGGGUAGCAAACCAAGCGGCUUCAGGCAGGUCUAGCUACAAUCUCUCUCUCUGCUUUUGCUCGCACGUUUCUUUACUUGGAAGGCAGAGUGGAGGGAGGAGGAAAAACGUGCUGGAGGUGCAUGGGGAACUUGGAGGGAAAGAAAUAAGAAACAACUCCUCCCUAGGGCUCGCUCUCUCCCCGCGCACACAACUUCCCACCUCCAGGACUAGAGACGAUCUCGUGGGUGACUCGAGAGAUCUUUUUCAGGAGAAGCCAAACUGCAAGCCCCAAUGAAGCCCCGCGCGGAGGGCGAGAGGACUUGAUUUUCCGCGCUCCGCCGCCGUCUGCCUUCGCCCGCCGUCGGAGAGCCGCUGCUCUGUCUCUCCCCGUGCCGGGAUGGGGCUACCCCUGGGGCUUCGCCUGGUGGGGCUGCUGGGCUGCUUGGGCAGCGUAUGCCGCGGCUACUUCGAUGGGCCGCUGUACCCGGAGAUGUCCAACGGGACGCUGCACCACUACUUCGUGCCCGACGGCGACUACGAGGAGAACGAUGACCCGGAGAAGUGCCAGCUGCUCUUCAGGGUGAGCGAGCGGCGGCGCUGCUGGGCGGCCGAGGAGGAGCAGCGGGCGGCGGCGGCCCCCGGCCUGACUCUGCGCGAGGAGUUCACCGUCCUGGGCCGGCAGGUGGAGGACGCGGCGCGGGUGCUCGAGGGCAUCCGCAAGAGCAUCUCGUACGACCUGGACGGCGAGGAGAGCUACGGCAAGUACCUGCGCCGCGAGGCCACGCAGAUCGGCGACGCCUACGCCAACUCGGACAAGUCCCUGGGCGAGCUGGAAAACAAGUUCCGGCAGGGCCAGGAGCACGAGAGUCGCGAGGGGAGCCGCCUCAGCGAGGACUUCGCCGGCAUGCUCGUGCACGCGCGCGCCCUCCUCAAGGACACGCUGGCCGUCUCGGCGGGCCUCCGGGACAAGUACGAGCUGCUCGCGCUCACCGUGCGCAGCCAUGGCACGCGCCUCAGCCGCCUGCAGACCGAGUACCUCAAAGGCUGAGGAGCACGAGGGCGCCGACGACGCCUCCACUUGGGACCUUUCGCCUCCCCACAACAGCUCGCCAAGGCACGGAAACCCUCCGCGCGCGCAAUUUGCGCCCCUUCCCUCCUACUAUUCGAAACAGCGGCUGUGAUUUGUCAGUCAUAUAAUCCUUCCCGCGUAGCACUUUGAAGCAAAUGAACCCGGGAGGCGGUGGUUCUCCUCAGGGGACAGGUUGUUGUGGGGAUAUAUUAAAGGACAGCAAGCUGGAAAUUAAUUGGGCUGUCUUAUUUUAUUUUCCACCACGAAGGGUGCCAUUUCCGCCUUAGGCACCCAAAUGGCCUGGAACACUUGUUUUGCUUUUUUAUUAAUAAUAAUAAUAAUGCUUACAGGCUCCUGUGCCUUUCCCAACUUUCUGACUUGCAGAAACUCAAGAGGUGACUGUUAAUUCUCUGUGUUAAAAGACCUGCACCUGUUGGGUUUCUGCCUGUCAUGUAGCUGUUGAAUGCACAUAGAUCCUGCGGGUGGGCGAGAGGUGGCUUACAAGCUGGUUGUGUUGUGUUCAUCCUCUGCUUUGAGGGUUAUGUGUAAAAGGGAGGUGCAAGUAACAGGGCAGUCUAUACCUGCCUGCUUCGAAAUAAGAUCUGUUGAGUUCAACCAGCCAUGCUCCCCUGAAGGCGUAUAUCAGACUGCAAACCUUGCUGACUAAAAAAAAACCUAUUGGUGGAUUACUUAUGCAUGCAUUUUACAGAUGUGGAUAUGGAGGCUGGAGUGUGACUUGUCAGCAGCUUUUGAAGCGUGCACUACUGCACAACCAAGAGUAGCUCAGUUGUGGAUAACUGGGUUGUACAGCUGUCCCAAGAGUCUUACUAGUAUUUAUAUUAUUAGAUAGUCCUGGUCAUGUGGAAAAACUUUGCAAUCAGUCCCAAUUCAGCAGAGUUAGACACUCUGAAACCAAUUGUGGUCAGUAACCCAGGGAAAUAAGUCACUGAGGCCAAACAUAAUGACUUGCUAACAGCUUUUGGACCUUGCUCCCAGCUUCCUCCCAACUGCAGCCAGUUUUUCAUGGGUUGUGUUUUCACACCAAACCUGUGAGGUAGACCACUGGUUGCCCCUUUUAUAUUGGAAGAGAUGAAGCUGAGUAACUUGUCCAAUAUUAUUGCAAGGAUCACCCCAGGUCAUAAGUCUUAAUUGUCUGUCAACUUAUAGUUGUUAAAUAAUGUUGCAAUCCUCAUAUUCUCUGGCAGACUGGGGAAUUUGUUGCUCCUUACCCCCUUUUGUAAGGGACACGGGUGGCACUGUGGGUUAAACCACAGAGCCUAGGGCUUGCCGAUCGGAAGGUUGGUGGUUUGAAUCCCUGAAACGUGGUGAGCUCCCGUUGCUCGGUCCCUGCUCCUGCCAACCUAGCAGUUCGAAAGCACAACAGCGUUUCUGUGUGAUGCUCUGGUUCACCAGAAGCAGCUUAGUCAUGCUAGCCACAUGACCCAGAAGCUGUACGCCGGCUCCCUCGGCCAGUAAAGUGAGUUGAACGCCGCAACCCCAGAGUCGUCCACAACUGGACCUAACAGUCAGGGGUCCCUUUACCUUUACCCCCUUUUGUAAGCCUGUCAGACUUAAUUUAGGAUAGCUAAAGAGAAGUUUCAUUCAACUCUUUCACAGCUGAUAGCUGACAUGGAGGUGUUUUUUUUUUAAAUCUUGAUUAGUGAUUCUGAGAAUGAAAUCAAGUUGUUGUUUUAGGUUACAUAAUCAGGAGCAGAAGGGUGUGAUCUUUUGUAAAUAUUUCCAGAGAGGUAGCUGCAAACUUUUGUAUGAAGCCUCAAGAGAAGUAAGAGAAUAAGUUUCCCAUCCUUUCAAUGUGUGUUGGGGAAAACAGGAAUUCAAAUACUCAUUAGAGGUUGUAUGGAGCCAGAAUGUGGAAACUGUUUAUUUGGCAAAGUACAAGGGUGUGGUGUUCAUCCAUAUCACACAAGACUGCAAUAAUAUAGCCUUCUCUCUCUUAAAAAAAUUAUGGGGAUAUCUUCUCCAGAUGAAGGAAAAAUUCCCACCUCUUUAUCAUAUUUAACACUUAUCCCAGUCAUGGAGUAUGGAGAAUACCUUCAUCAUCUCAUCUCUCCCAUGCCAUCAUCAUUUCUCCUAUUCCACCUUUACUCAGUGCAGAAUACACAACUGUGUGCUUAGUGUACUUCUGAUUACAUUCCUCUAAACUUGCAAAAUAAGGUGAGCUGGAGCUGUGAACAUUCUGAUAUCAAGGGUUUUGUUCUGUCAUAUGUGGAUUUGUGUCUUAGGCACUUUUAAAAACGAGUGACAGUCUUUAAGAUGUGAAACCUUAGGGCCUGCCUGAAAAACACUGCCAAACUUGAAGCAGUGACUCCCAUCCUUUUCCUCCUCUUUCCUUUUGUGCAAGAAUUGUUUUAAAUUCUGUAAAAGGAUUUAGCAUAGUUGGAAGCUACUGUUGAGUCUAGCUUGGCUCCCUCCAGGAUGUAAAUUUCCUGCCCACUGGGAGACAGCCCAGCUGGAAUGCCAGCAACAGUGAGAGAUUGGAAUCUGAGCCAUCAUUCCCUUCAAUUGAGAGUUUGAACUUGCCAGAUCUAAAUAUAAAAAGUAAUUGCUAUGGUGUCCACAGAGUGGUGUUCUAGUGGAGCUGUAACAUUUCAAAAAAGCAUUUGUUCUCUUAUGAUGGCAGUGUUCCAUACGAAGGGGCAGUCCUUAAAACCAAAAUAGGGCUUUCUGGCAAUAUUACUCCAAGCUCAGAACAGGUAAUUUUGUACCCUUUGAAAAAGACAGGGGAACGCUUCCAAGUAACCUUUAAGAAUAAAAUGGAGUGGAGGUAGUCAGAUUUCCACUCUAAAAGAAGGUGACAAAUCCUGUUGACUCUUCUUUUGCACUAGGAAUUUUAGGUACUGUACAGGUAAACAAUGAGAAUCUAAUUCCUAAGGCUUUCAGUGGAUCAGAGUAAGGCUCCUGGAGCCAGCAGGGCAGAAUAAGACUUUCUUUCUAUUUCAAGCCACCUGGGAUAUAUGAAUUCCCAGCAGUAAUUUGACUCCAAGUAGCAAUAGUCUUUUCCAUUGCUGCAAAACCUUUCCCCUUGCUGCUACAUCAUCACUGUCACCACACUUCUUUCCUCUAGCUGUUCUGUUUCCUAAUUGCUCACACUGUAGGGAUUUCACUUGCCAUGUUAAACAGUAAGAGGUGCUCUGCAAUUGCAGUGCCUGUGACACAGUUCUGCAGAGCUGAGGUAUUUGGAAAUAACUGCAUGUAUUGUGUACAAGGGGGCUGUUUUGUCUGGAAUAAAAGAAAUUCCUAAGACAUCAGUUCAGAUACUAAAAUGCUACUCUCCAUCUUCUGUACUUUCAUAGUACUGAAUAUAACGCGUGCUUGAUGGAAAUUAUUGCUGAAUUUGCAGACACUCUUACCCUUCCAAAAAUAUUCCAGUCUUCCAGCCAUUUCAUUACCUACAUCUCUCUACAAGAAAACUAAGGCUGUGGGUUCUGUGCAUACUUACUUGGAAGUAAGCCCCAUUGGACUCAGUGGGCCUUGCUUCUGAAUAAAUAUGCGUAGGCUUGGUGCUGUAAAAACCACAGGGUUCUUUACCAAACACAUCUCAGUGCGCUCUCUCAGUGCAUGGUUCAUUCCUUCACCUAUUCCUUUUCCUAGUACCUUGCAUAAUACUAGCCUUUUCCUGAUUCUGCUCUUUUAAGAUCGCUACAUUAAAUAUCAAGUAUUGGAAGUACCUUUUCAAGUUUGCCAUUAACUCUCUAUAUAUUUAUUUACAUGUCAGCUUAGAAGUAAAGGGCUUUUCCCUAGGAGAGUUGAGUUUAGGAUUGCACUGCUACCCACUUAACCUGGAAGUUAAGUCCCAUUGAACUCAAUGGGGCUGGCUUCUGAACAGAAAAAUAUAGGGUUGCACUGUAAGAUGACCCUUAUAUCAGAAGCUAGCUGGCUUUCCUUCUGUCAUUGUCAAGUCAACUAAUUAACCUGUGCAGUGCUUGGUCAUCUAGUUCUGAAACAUGUUGUGAUUUCACUAGUGACUCUUGAAGGAUUGCUUGUGAAUUUGCUGGCACGAGUGGUUCAGCAAUGGCUUGCCCCACACCAUGUUCAUUACGUGAACCAUAUAGUCACAUUGUGCUCCCGCUUGAUUGAACAACAAUCUAUAAGGGCCAACCCCAGGCAUUUGUCUAUUCUUACCUAUGCUUGCAUUAGUGAGAAACUGGCUAUGUGUCAAACCAGCAAGUGAGAAAAAUACUAUAAUACUGGGUUAUCCAGAAGCAGGCCUACUUUAGCUUCAUUUCCACUGAUACCCUAAGGAGGUAUGAGACACCCUCUAAUAAGAGUUUGCUUUUCAGGGUGGUAUUUAUUAAAUUACUAUUUCUUGAAAGUAUACAUUGUAAGUGGUAUGCAACAAAUAUACAUGAAAUCUUGACAUAUUAAGUUAAGCAUUCUAAUAUUUAACAACUAUUUUGUAUUCCAUUGUGUAUCUUUAAUAAUGUAUUCUUAUUUGGACUUUCUAUUGCUGUUUUUAACCAGAAACUUCCCCCCUAAAAACACACACCCCUAAAUACAAACUCAACAGCCAUAUGUGGAUAAAACAAGGAGUCUUAAAUCCACAGUGUUGUGUCUGUGGCCACACAUUUUGCACUGGUUUACCUUUUGUUUUCUCAUACACUCGGAUAUGGGCAUGGCCCACAGCUCACUUCAACCAGCAUGUGAAAUUGGCAUGGGCUGCAGUCCUGUUGCACACUUACGCAAGACAUAAGAUCCAUGGUGUGGGUGCUUAUAAUUUAUACAUCUUGCCAUAUCAUGAAGUAGGCUGCAGUUAAAUUGGACUGUGUUCUUCCAUAUAGUUGGCCUCUUGGGCUUAAUCAGCUUAAGCGUGCAAAUUUGCAACUUUAGUUGUAUGCCUGGAACACAAACAGCAUUUUGCUGAGAUUAUUCCCGAACAAGCAGUUUGUAGCUCAAAUUAGAAGCUGUGCUUUUUCUUUCUUUUGUAAUAAUAAAAAGGACAUUUUGUAUGGUCACCCGCAAACCAGGUGGCCCUCAAGGACUUUCUAUGGAACUCUCCCCAGACCCCACCCCUUUCUGACCCCCAGUGUUUUCCCUUGGCUGGGGGGCGGGUUGCCCUUGAGCUCCAAUAAUGCCUCUUGCUUGUCUGGGUGGAGAAGGGCAUAUGUAGGCACCAUCCACUUCCAUUUUUGCCGCCACCCACCACUGGCACAUGGUCCUUGGAAGGUUGCCCAGAAGGCAGUGUGUCCCCCUGACUGAAAAAAAAUUCCCCACCCUGCUGUAAACCAUCAGUACCAACAAAGGCUGUGUGAAACGCAUGCAGAAGCUGGAGCCAGUAAUUAUCUAUGAGUGUGACCACCUAAAUAAGGAUUAUUUCUCCCAUUCUGUUCACAGUGUAAGGACACAUUUCUUUUUAUUCCAUAAUCUUAUUUCUUCUUUUAUAACAUCAGCUCCUGAAUAUAUUUCUCCUCCUCCUUCUAAACAUAUUUCCUUGUGAGACUGCCAUGUAAGCAUGCUUAGUAUUGCAGCCUAAACCUGGUUAAGUUGUUUUUGUUCUAAUAGACCAGUACCUUUCAUGUUGCCAUACUUUUGCUAGCUUUUUCUCUCUCAAAAGAAUCAUUUGUGCCCCUAGACAAUAGCAAAAGAGCAUGGUAGGGAAUUGGUUUUGAUUUAAUUUUAAUUUCAACUAUUCUAUUUAAUUCAGAAUCAAAGUUAAUAUGAGAUACAUUUAAGAAGGAAUACUGUCUUUGUAUGGUUCUAAUAAAUAUUUAAAGAAACAUGUUGAAGUCCUGUUUUGGAGGGCAUUUUAAUCAUGUCAUUCUAGAAGUUUCCUUUACGCCUUUGACAGCACUGCAAAAAUCUGAGCAGCAAGAAACCAAGGGGUUUCUUUCAUUUAACAUAAGAUUUAAUUUAAUUUCAAUGUAAAAGUUUCCAAGCCAAUAAAUUUUUUUUUAAUAAAGUAGUGCUUUAAAAAUACAGGCCACUUCCAGGCUCAGCAUUUUGCAGCUUGGAUUCAACUAUGUACCAGCAAAUUCAGAUUGCAAAAUUAAAGUGGAUUUGGUGCUCUAAUGCAACAAACCCACUGUUCCCAACCCAUCAUUUGUGGUAAUGAAAAUGAUGGUAAAAUGAAUUGGAAAGUGUACACUAGCUCCCGUUGCUCUAUCCCAGCUUCUGCCAACCUAGCAGUUCGAAAGCAUACCAACACAAGUAGAUAAAUAGGUACCGCUGCUGUGGGAAGGUAAACUUCCUCAGCUGGAAAAUUGAGAGACCCUAUGUUAAUUAUCAUGUUGAAGUAUUGUAAUAUAUUUACAGUAUAAAUUUAUAAAUGUAUAUAUGAAAUUUACACACACAUAUAUAGGAAAUAGAGUUUCAAGGUCGAAGUGUACCAACCUCUCAAACUUAGAUUUGUCACAACCGUUUCUUUGUUUCAGUGGGACAUGAUGGUAUUGCCAUCAUGUCCCACUGUCCCACCUACAUUUGUGUCCACUGAUGAGCACCUUGUCUCAAAAGUCAACAUUUUGUUUUGGAAGAUGAGUUAUCAAGGAUCUAGCAGACCAGGACAAAGUGCACUUGAAAGUUUUCUGCUGACACUUAUAGAGUACAGCAUUCCAUUUACACUUUGCCUCCUUUGGCUAAUCCUUCUGCAAUGAUAGUAUACUGUAAUAAAAUGGUAUAAGAAUAAUAUACGGCCUCGGUCCUGUAUACCUGAAGGAGCAUCUCCACCCCCACCAUUCAGCCCGGACACUGAGAUUCAGCACUGAGGGCCUUCUGGCAGUUCCCUCAUUGCGGGAAGUGAGGUUACAGGGAACCAGACAGAGGGCCUUUUCGGUAGUGGCACCCGCCCUGUGGAACGCCCUCCCAGCAGAUGUCAAGGCAAUAAGUAACUAUUUUACUUUUAGAAGAAAACUGAAGGCGGCCCUGUUUAGGGAAGUUUUUAAUGUUUGAUGCUGUACUGUUUUUAAUAUUUGGUUGGAAGCCGCCCAGAGUGGUUGGGGAAACCCAGCCAGAUGGGCGGGGUAUUAAUUAUUAAUUAUUAAUUAUUAAUAUUCACCAGGAUUGAUUUCAAACAUUUACAGUUCUGUUACAAUGAUAAUGAAUUUCACCAUUCCUUUGGUUAUAAAAUACCAGACUUCUUUUUUUAAAGUUCAGAGCUCAGAGCAUGAACUUUUUUCUUUCAGCUUCCUGAAAAACAAUGGUAAAAUGUGAGUGUCAAUUUACUUUAGUGUCAGGAAUCUGGCCAAAACAUAACUUGUAAAUUCUAUUUAAAGAAAAUAAUGUUGAACUCUUGGCUUGAAUCCAUCCAAUAGUUUCUUAAAAAAAACAAAGUUUACUCAAAUCCUACAGAUCCCCCUGAUAUGAUUCAGACAAAGUCAAGCACACUUCAAACCUAUGUAUGUUUUGGAGAAUUUUAAGUGCAUGUUUAACCCUUCAAUUCCAAUAGUGACCACCAUUUUUGGUUUAACUAUGCUGGAAGCUGGGCUAACUUUGAUACAGCAAGAAUAUGGUCCUCUAUGUGGAUCUUCUCUAGCAAAUUGCUGCUUGAUAGGAGUUAAACCCAAUAUUGUGUAGCCUACUUAACCCUUUCCUCCUAUGCCAAAGGCACACAUUCAGCAUCUCCCAUAUUAAAUGGCACUCCAAGAUGCUUCCAGGCAAACCUGAUCAUAGUGCCAUUCCAUUGUUAGGUCAUAUUGAUAUCAGGACCAUGAUCUAUAAUUUUUCAAGUUUAUACAGAACAGAAAAGGGAGAUGUAGAGAUAUCAUACUUAUGGACAAAUUUAGGCUUCCUCAAUGAAAGUGGAUGAAAGUGCUCAUGUACUCUUGUGCAAGGAACACACUUUAAAAAUAUGGAAAUUUUUGCAGUAAGGAAAUUGAUGGGAACAUGCACUAGAAAGCUUAAGAUAGUCAAUCGCCAGGAAGUUGUAUAACCUCUGUACAAACAAAUCAUAAUGCAUGCUCAGUAAACAGACAUCAUUUAUCCUCCAUGCAAGCUUUGUGCAAACAAAUCAGAAUGAAUGUUCAACAAAAUCAGAAUGAAUGUUCAACAGGAAGCUCAUACUGUAAAAGAACAGGUGCAUGAAAUGAAAAAUAAAUUAGCUCUUUGCCCUCUUAAAUAA